UACUACGCAACUUCCGCUAACUCGCUGCUGAGCAAAAUGGACGCCUUUGUGUCUGUUUUCCUCGUAUUCAUACUAUAAAUACUGUUUUCCCCGCGAUGCACCACCUUUGACAUGGCGAUGUUUACACGGUACCGUGAAAAAUGUAAGUGAAAAUCGUGCUGUGCCGCAAAUCAAAGUGCAUUCCUCGGUGAUCGACGAGAAAACGCAUCCAACCAAAUAGGCCAGAACACGGAUGACAAUUGAGUGAAUAUCUUUCACGACGAAAACUUUUUCGAACAAACUCGCACGAACGGGGUCGCUAUUUUGGUAGACGUGUAAAUAUCGACGGUUUAUACGCGUCGAACGACACGGGGAUCUUGGAUAUCGAUACACCUCCCGCCAAAAUUCCAUUCACUGCUUGCAUUCUGCAGUAUAAAUAAUCGUUGUACAUAACUAGCGGAAUUGUGUUCAUUUGGGAGGUUUCCAGCCUGUAGCAUCCUUCUUAAAGCCAUGUUAUCAUAUGUAUAAUGUUGGAUGGUAUAUACUCGACAACUGGAGGUCAAGAAAUUAAUUCUAAAAAUGGACCGUUUAUUGGAGGAUCCACGUGCUUCAUCAAAAUUUGGUUGAUAAUUUCUAGUGCAUCAUGGGAACUUAAAAGAGACAUUGUUAAGUUCCCAAUAUAUGUCUUAGUGGUAGUGUUCUUUAACAAGCGUUAGAUACAAUUCUGUUCAUCAGUGAAAUAUAUCCUAUGUCGGAAUGCCUUGAAAAUACGAGUGUAGAGAUUUUAACAAUGAUUUCUUUAAGCAUUCGUGGUAACAGUGCAUUUAGAUAUGUUCUGUUGAUUUAUAUUUAUCAUAUACUGUGAAUAAGACUUUUUAUAAUAUGUCAGUGCAGUGUUUGUUACGUUGGAUAAUUCUAUGAACCUCAGAGUACAUGUAAAGACACUGGACCUAAUUUUAAUAAUAUUUUUUGUCCAGGCUGUAAUGCCAGAACAAGUCAAAUUCAAGAUGAACGGGGUUAUACCGAGUGUGCCAAUCACAACUCUCGCUGGUAUUGCGAGUCUUACUGACUUGUUACCUGAAAUGCCCCUGCCAACACCGCUGCCUCAGACUUUAACUAACAAGUCCCUUUUAUUUCAUCCAAGAGUGGCAGAGGAAGCACAAAUAUUACUAAGUGUUCGAAAUGAAAACUUAGUGCCCCAAUUAAUAUUAUCUUUAUCUCAAACCUCAUCUGAUCAUAUUGAACUAAAAGAUAAUUAUGCAAAUACAGAACAGCCUAUGGAAACCGAGCAAAAUACUCCUGAAUUACUUAAGGCAAUUUUGCAAAUAAAUCCACAUGUGUUUAAGGGGCCUCAAUAUAAUUCACCAAGAAAUUGGACCCAAGGCACACCUAUGAUGCACACCAAUCAAUCAUCCGCUAAUUAUGGACGAUUUUCACCAUCCUAUUCAAGUUCUUCAGGGUCAAGACAAACGCCUCAAGGUAGUCCAGCUCAUCCUGCUGCUGCUAGAACAGUACUACCACCGCCUACUGGUAUAAAUCCUCUACCCAAUAUGACCCCACAACCAAAUAUGUAUUCUCCGGCACAUAUGAGUUCUCCUGGUACGCCGCUAACAACUCUUGGUAAUGUAACACCUCAACACCAUAAUAUGGCUGGUAUGACACCUCAACAUAAUAUGCAUAUGGCAUCUCCUAUGCGUGCUAAUAUACCUUUACAACAACAUCAACCUGUUAAUAUUCAGCAAAAUAUGUAUGAUCCCAUGAUGAAUCAACAAGUGCAUCAUCCAUUAGGAAAUCAUCAACCAAUGGAGAUGGAAAGUACAGUACAAGAAAAUCAACAAUUUUUACUUGAUCCAGUAACAGGUCUUCCUGAUAUCGAUAUACCGAUUGAAAAUAUCGAAGCGAAACAAAGUAUAGAUAAUGCGACGCAACAUCUCUUAUCUGCAACGCAAACCACAUCUUAUCCAAGUAUGGAUACCAGUCCUAUGAUCAAUCCGUUGAAUACUACGCCAACAACGAUGAUACAACACCAGCAAAACAAUAAUUCAGAAAAAGGAAUGAAAAUACCUGCUCCUUUGCCAGAGAAAUUAAAAGAACCGAUUGUCAUGUUAGAUAGAUUAUCUUUAGCAGAUCAAGCUUUAAUGCAGAAGAGUAUAGCCGCAUUUGCUGAAAAAUCCCCAAGUCGAGCUGCAAAAAUGGGGAUUUCUAAUCGCGAGGAUGUAAAGUCCGAGUCAGAAAGCGAGGAAGAAAUAGGUAAAAAUAACAAAUAUUUCAAAGCGCGUGCAAAAGAACGCCAAGUCCAAAGAGAAAAAGAAAAAGCUGAGAGGAAAAAAAGUGAAGAUAAAAGUCGUAGACGAAGAAGGGUAUUGGAUGACGACGAGGAAGAUGAUAAAAAGGAACCUCUUACACCCUCGAAACCAAAAAUCAGAAAAAUUGAAAAGAAACUCGUUCCUGUUUUAGCUAAACUCAGUGUGGAAGAAUUAAUGGAAACGAAUACGUAUCAACGUUUUAACACAACUAUAGAAACGAUAUUCGAAAAUACAGAAGAUGUAGCAACCAAUGCUGAAUUAGAAGAUGAUGGUGAUGUGCCUCCAGAAUUGUUAAUUCCUAAAUAUCAAUUACAUGAUUUAUGUACAGAAGCAGCCAAGCUGAAGGCAUUAGGAGCAAUGGAAUCGAUUCCAGCAGAUAGAUUGGUUAGAUUAUUAAACAUUUUAGAGAAGAAUAUUCGGGACGGAGCUAAAGUAUCUCCGCUGGCGGAUCCGGAUGAUGACGUCGAUGAGAGUCGAUUAUGGACGCAAUUAGCUAUGGAAAGAGUACAGCGUGCAGUAGAUGCUUCUUUAAUUGCAUUACACAUUAUGACGUCCAGUAACAUGCCAAAAAUGGUCUACUUGGAAGAUGUGAUCGACAGAAUAGUCCUUUUCAUGAAGUUUCAGUUACAAAAUACUAUUUAUCCUUCGUUUGAUCCAGUAUACAAAAUAGAUACAAAAAACAAGACUGACAAUUAUAAUUCUAGUGGUCGUAAGAAAAGGGGACAUAUGAAAGAAGUCCGAGAGAAAAGUAUCCUUCAGGUUUAUAAUAAAAUGCAUGAAUUAGUUGGUCUUCUUGCUGAAUUAUUAAAUAUUCAAGUUCUCACUGACACUAGUGUUUUACAUGCUUCUACAUUAGGUGUUGCACCAUUUUUUGUUGAAUCUGUUAGCGAUCUUCAAUUGAGCGCUUUAAAACUGGUCACAGUAAUAUUCACCAAAUAUGAGAAGCAUAGAAGAUUAUUGUUAGAUGAUAUUUUGGCAUCUAUAGCUCGACUUCCUAGUAGCAAAAGAAGCCUUAGAACUUACAGGUUAAAUUCUGAAGAUCAUAUACAAAUGUUAACAGCCUUGGUUUUACAGCUAAUUCAAUGUGUUGUUGUAUUAUCGGACAAUAUAAUCCCUCAACAGAAGAAAUCACAAGAUGAAGAGGAGAAGAAAGAAGAGAAAAAGACCAGUUAUGUUGAUGCUGAUGUCUUAAUCAUUAAUAAAUACGAGACUGCUACGAGAAUAGCGGGAAAUUUUUUAACAGUGUUCCUGAACAAAUGCGGCAGCAAAGGUGAAGAAAUUGAUUACAGGCCACUGUUCGAGAAUUUCGUUCAAGAUUUAUUGGCCACGGUUAAUAAACCAGAAUGGCCAGCGGCUGAGUUGCUCCUCAGUUUACUUGGAAAUUUGUUAGUAGGUCAUUUUUCUAACAAAAGUUCUGAUAUGGCACUCAGAGUGGCUUCUAUCGACUAUCUAGGUGUUGUAGCAGCAAGAUUAAGGAAAGAUGCAGUUAGUUCUCAAUGCAAAUUGUCUACCAUCGAUCAGAUUAUUAAGGACAUCAAAAUCGAGCAGCAGAAAGAUUCUGAUUAUGAUCAGGUAAAGGAUAAAGAAAUAAUAGGUUUAAACGAAGACGAGGAGCGGACGGUUUUUUUACAGAAGGUACUCCUCGAUUAUUUGGCCGUGAAUGGAACCAAGGAUUCCGCCUUAGGUUAUGCUCGCCAUUUUUAUUUGGCACAAUGGUACAGAGAUUGUGCCGUAGAAAAAUCUAGGGUCGGUCAAACGAAGAACAGCCCAAGUAAGAAGAUGCACAAGAAAAAGAUAAAAAAGAAAAAUAAACACCACGCUAGUGACCAAGACUCGGAAUCAGAGCUGGAUGAACAGGAUGCAGACGAAAAUGACAAUAACGAACAGAAGAACUCGGAAGCAUACAGAAUCAUAGAGGAGAAAAAGAAGUAUAUUAUAAGUAGAAUAAGGCCGUACAGUACUGGCACGAAACCGGAUAUACUUCAGACUUAUAUUGAUUAUAAUUCGGCGGAACUAAUAUCGCAAUAUCUCGCCUCGAAAAGGCCGUUUUCGCAGAGUUUCGAUCGGUACCUGAAACAAAUUCUGCACGUGCUUACAGAGUCGUCUAUCGCGAUCAGGACGAAGGCUAUGAAAUGCCUAACGAUGAUCGUUGAAGCAGAUCCGAGUGUGUUGGCGCGGGUAGAUAUGCAAUUGGGUGUGAAACAUUCGUUUUUAGAUCAUGCGACGUCGGUCCGCGAAGCGGCUGUUGAUCUAGUAGGAAAAUUUGUACUAAGUAGGCCCGAAUUAAUAGAUAAAUACUAUGAUAUGCUGUCGGCUAGAAUUCUAGAUACUGGUGUUAGCGUACGUAAGCGCGUGAUCAAAAUUUUAAAGGAUAUCUGUAUGGAGUGUCCUGACUUUCCUAAAAUUCCUGAAAUCUGCGUAAAGAUGAUCAGGCGGGUGAAUGACGAGGAAGGUAUUAGAAAAUUGGUAAUGGAAGUGUUUCAGAAUAUGUGGUUCACACCUGUCAGAGAACGCCCCACAUUGGAUUCCGAAUCGUUACUGAGAAAAGUAAUGAACAUCACGGACGUUGUGGCAGCUAGUAAAGAUAUGGGUUUGGAAUGGUUCGAACAGCUGCUGGUUAGCUUGUUCAAGCCCAAAGAGGACAAAGACGAUAGUACAAAGAUGCAAACCGAGCCCCCAAAGGCAUUAUUAACGGCGUGUAAACAGAUUGUUGAUUGCUUGAUUGAGAACGUUCUUCGAUUGGAAGAGACGAAUCUGGAAGAAUCUGAGAAGACAGAGAAAAAGGGAUCCUCUCAAAGAUUAGUCGCUUGCUUGACAACCUUAUAUCUGUUUGCGAAAAUACGGCCACAAUUGCUAGUCAAUCACGCGAUUACGUUACAACCUUAUCUAAGCUUGAAAUGUCAAACUCAGGGUGAUUAUCAGAUCAUCAGUAGCGUAGCACACACAUUGGAAUUGGUCGUACCAUUGAUGGAACAUCCUAGUGAGACUUUUUUAGCACAGUUGGAAGAAGAUUCGGUAAAAUUGAUCCUGCAACACGAUAGAUCAGUUGUGGCUAGCUGUUUGUCCUGUUUAGGCUCUAUAGUGAACAAUGUAACCAGGAAUUUUAAAUUAAUACGAGACUGUUUUAAAAAAUAUUAUGGACAUCUGACUGAGUACAAAUCCUUUUACGAGAAAGAUCCUACAAAUCCUAUGCUUUUAAAAUAUCGACCAUUUGUCAGGAGAGCAUUGUUCACUGUUGGCUUGCUGCUGCGACACUUUAAUUUUACUGAUCCAGAAGUGAUCGAGGGACUAGCAGAAAAUAUAAAGGAUCAGGUAUUUGAAACGUUGAACUACUUCGUACAUCUGGAUAACGACGAUAUUCGACACUUUACUUUAUCUGCAAUUGGAUCUUUAUGUAUCCGUCAUUAUGAAUUCAUGUUACUUCCUGAGUUAAAAGAAUUGUAUCAUCAUUUGCUUACGUCAGAGAAUGCCUUAGUUCAUAUGAGAAUUCAAGUAUUGAACAAUAUCGAGGUAUACUUGUUGGAAGAAGACAAGAGAAUGAUCAAACAGGAUAUGGAAUGGGCGAAGAUGUCCAAACAAGAAAACUUAAAAGAAAUGGGAGAUGUUUCAUCAGGAAUGGCUAGUACUGUGAUUCAGUUGUAUGUGAAAGAGAUUUUAGAAUCUUUUUUGCAUGCAAACAUCAGUGUACGUCAUGCAGCAUUGAAAGUGAUCCAAUUGAUUCUGGCUCAAGGUUUGGUCCAUCCGGUUCAAAUAGUUCCCUAUCUAAUCUGCAUGAGCACAGACUGCGAAAAAGUAGUCAGUCAUAGCGCGGAUAAGCAACUUCAAGACAUCGAGAAGAAAUAUCCUGGGUUUAUUCAUAUGAAAUCCCAAUUAGGUAUCAAGCUUAGCUAUCGAUUGCAGAAGAUUCUUCAAACUGAUAUCACAGUGAGAGGAAUGAGGGUCAAAGAUGGUGAAUUUCCUGGUGCGUUAAAUGGUUUCCUUUAUACUAUUUUGAGGAACACGAAACAACAAAGAAGAGCAAUAGUAUUGUCUUUCUUAAAACAGUUUGAUGAAUCUGCGAAAACUAGUUUAUCACAGAUGCUCUACUUGGCCGACAAUCUCGCUUACUUUACAUAUCAAGUGCAAGACGAGCCAUUGUUUAUCAUUCAUCAUAUUGAUAUUAUUAUUUCCAUGUCCGGUACAAAUCUUGUGCAAUCAUUUAAGGAGGCAUUACUACCAAAAGAAGGAAAUUGUCAACCACAGCAGCAUCAUCAUCAUCAUCAACAGCAACAACAACAACAACAACAACAACAGCAACAACAUCAUCAUCACCAACAACAGCAACAAUACCAUCAGCAUCAUCAACAAAUUCAUACAUCUUUGGGAUCGGAUGGGCAGCCUCGACCAGAACAAUUAUUGUCAGUAUUGGAAGAUGAAGAGGAUGAUGAAGAGGAUGAGGAAUCGUUACUGGCAAGGUUACCAGGAGACACUACGUUGCUAAGGGAUUAUAUCACCGCCAGCCAAGGUUUUUUGUUGCUGCUCACUUUAAGGCAACAUUUGAAAGAUCUGUACGGUUUUUCUGACCAAAAAAUUGGCCAGUAUUCGCCGACAGAGGCAGCGAAGGUGUACGAGAAAGCUGUGAACCGUAAGAGUAACUUGCUGUUCAAACCAAAGGCUACCCUGCAAAGAUUAAGGGAAGGCGUAAGUAAUGUCGAACUUGAUGCCGAGGGCAGGAAAAAACUAGUGAAGGAAUAUUUGGAUUUCAAGCAAUUAAUGUUAAAAUUUGAUCUGGAAGAGCCGGAGGAAGAUGGAAACGAAGGUGAUACGAGUGGCGGAGGUAGCAAACAAUCAAUAGAUGUUUCUAACAAAAUGUCCGAAUCGGAUAAUAAAAUGGAAAUCAGUGUGACGACCAAUCCCCAGAUGGUAAAUCAAUAUCAAGCCAAUUUGAACUCGUCGAUCGAGCAUCCGAACAAUUCGAUAAACUCGAUGCCUACUGGUGGUUCCAUUCCGGUCACCAUGCCUGUCCACAGAUCACCGCCAGUUGCUGUGAACGCGGCGCCAGCAUCGCAAAUUGCAUCACCACGUGUGCCCAAGCUGACGAUACACGCGCAUCAUCCAGAGGGAGUGAAGGAACAUCGUAAACACCGGGCGCACAAAACGGAAAAAGUGAAAAAACAUAAGAAGAAGAAGAGGAGAAGAAUUUCCGAUAGUAGCGAGAGCGGCGAGGACUACAGUGAUCCUGACUUUUUAGUGUGAGUGCAGUGGUGUAUCUCUGCGUCCGUUGUGUACAUAUUACAUACUAAUUACAAGAAUUAUAAUAAUAAUACGAUAAUUGACGCGUGUUUCGCGUGGUUGAUGUGCGUGCUGGUAUGCGUGCGACGUUUUCUUGGUGCGUUUUGUGUCGCUCGUAAGUGUAGGCGUUCCGUUUUCUCUUCUGUUUUUCUUUUUUUGCGCAACGAAAUUGGAACAGAAGGAAGAGAAAGAAAUAUGGUAUAGAAUAUAUGACACUGAUGUUAUAGAGAAUACCAGUGCCGGACGCUCUGAAGUCGCGACGGACUUUAUCGAUCAUGGAAAUGGACUAAAAUUUUUAGCGAAACUAAACAAAAAAGGGGGGGGAAAGAUAUAUGAAUAAAAGCGAUACUGAUGUACAGAGGAUGGUGGUGCUCUGUGGGAAUGCGUGCGAUUUUGUUUGCGAUAAUUUGAUUGGGAGGGAACGAGAGAGAGAGGGAGAGAGUGUGAGAGAAAGAAAGAAUUUAGACGAAUGAGAGAUUUUAAAUAUCGAUCGUCUCCAGGCGAUCCCUUAAUGUUAUCUUGUUAACUAGGACACGUGGUGGAUGCACGUCUAAAAUUUCUCAGUCCAUGUUAUACUAUUCGAGAUAUGUCGAUCUUCGAGACUAGAGUAAGGAACUUGGUUCAGACAAGAGCUGCACGAUCGUCGCUUCUAUCGUUUCAUUUCUUUUUUUCUUCUUCGUGUAUCAAUGGAAAAUUCCUUGUGGAAAAUUUCUUUAAUUCCAUUUUUUUGUCUUUUUCUCAUCCCUUUUUUUCCCCGAUUCUCAAAAAGCAGGAUCAAUGAGAAUGAAUUUUUUUCUUUUGUUUUCGAAAGAUACUUAUUCAACAAUAUAGGAAAAUUAAUAUAAUAUAUAUAUAUUUAUAAUAUUUAUAGAUAUCUAUAUUUUUUAAAAUAUAGAUAUAUAUAUAAAAUACAUAUUAUAAAUAUAAAUAUAUAUAAUAUAUAUAUCUAAUAAUAUAUAUAUUAUUUAAUCAUAUAAUUUUUUUUUAAAAAUAAAGUUCGAUAGAAUUGAACUAGAUCGAUGAAGAAUAAAUCGAACCAAGUUUCAAAUUAGGAAAGAACCAGUUUCAAACAGAGAUCCCGAGUUGUAAAGUUUUCUUGGAAUACAUCACGUUUUAUUCAAACGAACGAAUUGUCAAUGUAAAUAAUAUUGAAUAAUAAUAGUAAAAUUGAUACAAAAUUUUAGUUUUCUUUUUACGGAAGUAAAAAAGAAAGAGAUCAAUUCGAAUUCAUUAUUGAGAAAAGAAUGAAUUUAAAAGGAAAAAAUUGGUAUUAUAUAUUUUCAUUUUGAAAAAAAAAAGUAGACAAAAAGUCAUUCUCAAAAACUCGGGAAAACAACGAGAAAAAGAGCCAAUAGUAAAAGAAAAAGAAAAAUUCUGAGAGAGAGAGAGAGAGAGGGAGAGAGAGAGAGAGAAUGGAAACGCAUAGAAGAGUGGAUCCGUUUAGACUUGCUCCACAGUAAUGUAUAAUAGACAAGUGUAGUUAAAAGAGAUUAAAACAAGAAAAAAGAAACAAAAUGAAAGAAAACAGAAACACAUUGCCUAUGCAUUAUGAGAGAGAGGGAGAGAGAGAGAGAGAGAGAGAGAGAAGAAAACAAAAAAACGUUGUUUGUAAUAUCUGUACAUACAAAUUUCAAGUAAAGUAUCUUAUUUUCUUACAAACUAUAUAGCGAUGACAUUACGAAAGAAUACUUAAAAUUUUGUUGUAAUAUUAAGUAUUUAUUCAGAAUUCAUGUUGUCCCAAUAUAGUUUGCUUUAUGCACACAACUCGUCUUUUGGUGUAAUUAAAAAAAAAAAAAAAAAGAACUAUCGUUUUUAUACAAGCUUAGGAAUAAAUGAAAUAAAAAUAAAAAAGUGCAGAACGAAAAGAAAGAGGAAAAAUACGAGGAAAAAGGAUAAUUGAAAGAAUACAGAAAGAAAAGAAAUGCGAUCUACUAAUUUUCGAUGGAGAAUGAACGAAAUUAUGGGUGAGGAUAGGAUGAGAUCAAGGAAGAGAGGCAGACGAGAAGGAAAAACCUGUGAAAAAAAAACUCGUGGUUGAGAGAGUAACGCGAGAUCUUCGACGGAUCAUGCAGUUCUUUAAUUACUCGUUUCCUUCGUGAUGGCGCUAUAUGCCGUUUUGACUGUCUAGGACCGAGCAUCAUGAUUGUAGUGUGAAAUUCGCGUAUAAACAUUUUCAUCGUGUCCCCGAUUCAAAAAUCGAUCGAGAUACAGCUGUGAUCUUUAAUAUUGAAGCAGGGAUGCGUGCAUCGCUCUUUUCAUCGCGAUAUAAUUCGUCUUUUUUAUACGUUUAUAGAAAAUCCAUCGGUCAUCAUCGAUAAACAUUCUAUCGGAACAAGUAAUUUGAGGUUACUCGUUGUCCUGGAUAGUCGAAUAUAACAUUUAUCAUGCACACGUAUAUACGUUCCAAGUUUAUAUAUAACUUGGUUAAAAUGGAAAUGAGAUAUUUAACGGUGUAGACCACAUUACAUAUGAUGUUUCAGUGAAAGCGAAAUCAUGCGAUAUCAUCGUCCACAUUCUUUAGAACGCUAGCUUGAUACGUUUGUGUCCCGUCGAGGUUAGUUGAAACACGGAGGAAACGAGUGAAUUGAUCGAAGAAUGACUGCGUGAACCGAAAGCCUUGGCUGGUGAUCGAAAGACUGCGACAAACAUGGAUGGAAAGAUAUAAGGUUUUUACUUUAAACGUGAAUCAUCUUUUUCGUCCUGCGAGAACGUUACCAUUUUACGAUCAUCGUCAAUCAUUAUUGCAUUUACAGUUGGUCGUUUAUUUCUUAUGGGAAGAAAAUAAAAAUGAUUACAAAAGGAAAAAAAAAUCGCUGGUUGUUCAACGGAUCUAUUGAGGUUAGAAACCGUGAAACCGUCGAUGAACGAACGCAAACAAAAUGAUCUAGGAUGAUAAACGCUUCUUUCGUUUUAAUCUCGAUUUAAAGUAGCACUCUAUUGGGGUCCAGAUGUACAUUCAUCUAUAUCUCAUCAAUAAAUCUGGCAGCAAAAGAAGUAUGGAAUUCAUUCGAUUAGUUAUUAAGAGUCUCAUCUCGCAAGAAAUAUACGUGGAUUCCAAUUUCGAUAAUAAAUUAUAUUUUCUUUCCGUUUAAUAUCCAAUACAAUUUAUAUUUAGUUUACAAAAAUAACACGAUUUCAUUUGAUUAUCGAUUUAAUCAUAUAGAAAGAAAGAAAGGUUGAUUUAAUCCGUGUACAUUUCUUGCUUCUAGAUUAAUAAAACGUUCUCGAAAAUCGUCGUGAAUCCUUAGAAACCUCCAAAAAAUCGAUUCGAUUAAAAAUUUUGUAAAAAAAAAAAAAAAAAAGAAAAGAAAAAAAAAAAAAUUCUGACAUCGAUAUCAUAUUGAUUCUAGAAAAUUAUACGAAUCGCUUUUAUCGAUCGCGUUCCCUUUUGUCUUGAAGCCUUCUUUGAACGACGCGAUUCUUCAUCUGACGAGGAUUGAUCUCAAUCUAGAGGAUACCGAGUCCGAUUCAUUACCGUCCCCGAACCGUGUGCAAUGCUAGAAAUUAGAGAAACUCGUAGUAGACUAUCCGUGACGAGUGUUGAAGUCUGUGAAAUCGCGUACGCCGUAAACGACGCUGUUUCUCGGACAGUUCAAGAGAGAAAAGGGACACGCACAUUUUUCGAUCGCUAGGACAAGAGUCGUUCGUUGCAAACGGAAUUAUCGAUCGAUCCUGACUGUUUGAUCGUUCGAGGCGAAGAAAAGGAAAAGAAAAGGAUCGAAUACACACCUGUUGCGCCUAUAUAGUUACGCAAGAGAAAGAAAAGAAAGUAAUAGGAUAAAAGAAGAUGGAGGAUAAGAUAUCGCGUUUGAGGUUAACGAUGAUAAAUAUUGUUAGAAGGAGAAGGGGGAGGGAGGAAUAAACUAAUAGUAAAAGGCUGAAUGAGAAGAUCUUUAAACUUGUACAAAUGUUCAAGGUGUGUACAUAUUUAUUAUAAAAAAGGGGGGGAGGGGAAAGAUGAAGAAUUAUGAAGAAGAAAAUGGCGAACAGUGUGGAAGAAAACAGUGUCGAAUCGUCUGGCAGUCCUUGUUUCGAUGGAGGAUGAUACGAGAACGAAAGGAUGAAUAAGAACAAGUGUAUGUGUGAAUGUGUGCGCGAGUGAGUAUGUAUCUAUGUACGUGUGCGUAGCAAAGUGGAACAAGAUGGGGGUGAGUGAUCAUAUGGUUGAACGAGUCAGGAAGAUGGAACGUUUCAUUAAACAUUUUAUUGUUCGUUGUAAUAAACUUCUAGAGAAAUGAUAUGCAUUAUUAAAGAGAGAAGAAUUCUAAACGGUUAUAUUUCUUUGUGCAUAUAUACAUAUAUAAAUUGAUAUAUGUGUAUAUAUACAUAGCUCGAAGGGAGGGAAAUCGAUGAAGAUAUUUAAUAUUGCUAUGGUGUGGCGUUUAACUCGUAUCGGUAUGCCCGCGAGGAUGUGAAUGGAAGAUAGGAUGAUUGUGAAUUGUAAAGUUUCGCGAGAAAGAUGGAGAGGAAGCGGAAGUUGUGGACAGGAAAUAAAGAUAAAUAGGUGGACAAAAAAAAAAAAAAAAAAAAAUAAAAAUGAAUUAUAGACACUCGUCGAUUCUGAUCGAUCUAUCGUACUCAGCACAGUACGAGGCACAUUUGUAUUAUAACAUUAUACAUAUUAUAUAUAUAUAUAUAAAUACAUAUAUAUAUAAAUAUAUAUAUUGUAUCACCUAUGUUUUUGUAUUUGGUAAUCUAACGAAAGACGAAAAGGAAAGAAGAAAAAAAAAAUCUACAAAAAAGAAUAUCGAAUUAACGAACAAAAGGUUAAUAGAAAGUAUAUUAUAUAUUUGAGUAAAAUCGUUGAGAAUUGGUAUUAUCCAUGGCUGGACUGAGUCAUAAUUUUCGUCCCUUGUACGUAUUUGUUUAAUUUUUUCCUCUCUUCGUUCUUUUUCUCCGAUCUUUUGUGCCCGUUUAUUUGCAUUCGAUAUACCCAUACACACACAAAACACACACACACACAUACACACAUUCACGCUCAGGUAACAUGGGGUUUAGGGGGGAAUUAAUUAUUAAUAGUCCACUUUGAAUACAGGCGAAUAAAAUGAACGGUCUUGGAUAAAACCAACACUCUUUUACUCAUAACUUAUUAUGUACAUCGUCUGAAGAAAACCGAUACGUUCGUAAAAGAAAAAUAAACAUAAGUAUAUAUCAA